CGGGUCGUUGCGCGGCGGCCCCGCCCCCGGCGCGGAGAAGGACAAGGUGACGGCGCGGGGCCCGCGUUCAGCCUCUGCCGCAGCGGCUCCAUCUUGCGAGGUCGCCAUGUUCUCGUCCAUCGCGCCGCUCGCGCGGCACAACCCGUUCUACGCGCCGCACUUCCAGCUGGUGCAGGACGGCGUGAGAAAGCGCCCGGCGGAGCCCGCGGAGGCUUCCGCCACGCGGCGGAGCCUGGCGGCCGCGUCCGCCGACGAAGAAUACAGUUGUGAAUAUGGCUCGCUCAAGUUUUAUGCUCUCUGUGGCGUUGGUGGGGUCCUAAGUUGUGGCCUGACACACACUGGUGUCGUACCUCUGGAUUUAGUGAAAUGCCGUAUGCAGGUCGAUCCACAAAAAUACAAGAGCAUCUUCAAUGGAUUUUCGGUGACAAUCAAGGAAGAUGGUGUUCGUGGCUUGGCUAAGGGAUGGGCUCCAACUUUUAUUGGCUAUUCCAUGCAAGGGCUUUGUAAAUUUGGUUUUUAUGAAGUUUUCAAAAUCUUGUAUGGCAACAUGCUGGGAGAGGAAAAUGCCUAUUUGUGGCGUACUUCGCUCUAUUUAGCUGCAUCUGCCAGUGCGGAGUUUUUUGCUGACAUUGCUCUGGCUCCAAUGGAAGCUGCUAAAGUUCGCAUUCAGACACAGCCUGGAUAUGCAAACACUCUACGGCAGGCUUUACCCAAAAUGUUUGCAGAAGAAGGCAUCUGGGCUUUCUAUAAAGGUGUUGCUCCACUAUGGAUGAGACAGAUUCCAUACACAAUGAUGAAGUUCGCCUGCUUUGAACGUACUGUUGAAGCUCUCUACAAGUACGUUGUUCCCAAGCCACGAAGUGAAUGUACAAAAGGAGAACAGCUGGUAGUCACAUUUGUUGCAGGCUAUAUUGCUGGUGUGUUCUGUGCAAUUGUUUCCCAUCCUGCUGACUCUGUGGUGUCUGUGUUGAACAAAGAAAAGGGCAGCUCAGCUUCACAGGUUCUUAUGAGGCUCGGAUUCAGAGGUGUAUGGAAAGGUCUGUUUGCUCGUAUCAUUAUGAUUGGUACCCUGACUGCACUACAGUGGUUCAUCUACGAUUCUGUCAAGGUUUAUUUCAGACUUCCUCGCCCACCUCCACCUGAAAUGCCAGAAUCUCUGAAGAAGAAGCUUGGUCUAACUGAAUAGACAACUCAUGGACUGACUGCUGGCUGACCCAGUGAUGAGUUUCAUGAAACUUUUAUAUAUUUGACUAUGUAGAAAACAAACUAUAUAAUGUCAUUAUUGGUUGUGCCCUCAUCUCACAUGAGGGUUUAAAUUCUACCACUGUCAUUGCCUGAAAUAAAUGAGAAACAGAGUG